AUUAUCGUCAAAGAAUAACGAAUUGUUUAUUCAUCAACCUAUUUCUUAUAUAUUUAGAAUCCAUUGAUAGAAUAUCCAUAUUCUUGCUUCCUUCCGGACUCCACUUGUAUGGACUCCCAACAACUUUCGACGGCGACGGCUGCUCUUUCAAAUUCGAUACUCAAGACUUAUUCUUUCUCUUCUCUCUCUCACGCGUAUGCUUUAUGCUGAAGUUUCAAGGGUUUGCUUGAAGAUUGCUCCAUAGUUGGUCAACAUAAUCCGUUGAGGCGUUGAAGGGUAAAGUUCUGUAAUCAAAUCUCAAUUUCUGGGUCGCAUAGCUGUUGGGUGUUCGAAGCUUUUCGAUUUUUCUUUGUGAACAUAUUUUGGGUUUUUCGUUUAUCUGUUUUUGAAUCCAAUAUGGAUGCAAAAGUAAGUGAGAAAACGGAAAGUUUUCUGGGGACAAAGAAAUUUGAUGAGGAAAAUUGUGAAUUAAUGUCAAAAUUGAAGGGUAAAGGGAGUAUUAGCAGCAAAGAAGUGAUGAUUAGAGCUGAUCAAAUUGAUCUAAAAAGCCUUGAUAUUCAGCUGGAACAAAAGCUAAAUCGGGUUUGGUGUAAGGCAUUGGAGACUGAAAGGCCAAAGGAAGAGUGGGAGAUUGAUUUGUCUAAGCUGGAACUUAAGCAUACUAUUGCCCAUGGAACUUAUGGCUCUGUUUACCGAGGAACCUAUGAUGAUCAAGAUGUUGCAGUGAAGCUUUUGGAUUGGGGAGAAGAUGGCAUGGCUACCGCUAAAGAUUCUGCUUCAUUGCGAGCGGCCUUUCAGCAUGAAGUUGUUGUUUGGCAAAACCUUGACCAUCCAAAUGUUACUAAAUUUGUUGGGGCCUCCAUGGGAACAUCUAAUCUCAAAAUACCUGUAAAAGCCUCCUCAAAUGCUCCCCGGGCACUUUCAUCCCGGGUAUGCUGUGUUGUUGUUGAGUAUAUUCCUGGGGGAACUCUUAAGCAGUUCUUGAUAAGAAAUAGGCGGAAAAAGCUUGCUUUCAAGGUUGUGAUUCAGCUUGCUUUAGAUCUUGCUAGAGGCCUAAGCUAUCUACAUUCAAAGAAGAUUGUCCAUCGUGAUGUCAAAACUGAAAAUAUGCUACUCGAUACUGAAAGGACUGUGAAAAUUGCCGACUUUGGUGUUGCUCGGGUGGAAGCUCAAAAUCCAAGUGACAUGACUGGUGCUACGGGUACUUACGGUUACAUGGCACCAGAGGUACUUGAAGGACAGCCUUACAAUCAUAAAUGUGAUGUCUACAGUUAUGGUAUAUGCUUAUGGGAAACUUACUGUUGUGCUAUGCCUUAUGCUGAGCUUAGCUUUAGUGAAGUUUCAUCCGCUGUUGUUGCACGGAAUUUACGCCCACAUAUUCCAAAAUGUUGCCCCAACUCCUUGGCAAACAUAAUGAAAAGAUGUUGGGAUGCAGACCCAGAGAAACGCCCCGAAAUGGAUGAGGUUGUGUCUAUGCUUGAAGCUAUCGACACCAGCAAAGGUGGAGGGAUGAUACCAGAUGAUCAAGCUCCUCGCUGUUUUUGCUUUGGCCGUGCUCGGGGUCCAUAAGAACUCUUAUUUUUUCCAUCUUCCUUACUACAGUUUGAUUUAUUUUUCUUUAUGUGUGUGCGGAGUUGCACAUACCGCAGUUCUGGACCUCUCAUUCUUCCAGAAAAUCACGUCGAGUUUUAAAUUUUUCGGGUGGUACAUAAAUGGAUGCUAGGUUGUUGAUUGGAGAAGUAUACUUUGUUUUAGUCACAACUGGUGUUCCUAGGAACUUUUUUGGCCCAGAGAAGUAUAUAUCAUUUAAGACAGAUUUCUAUAAUGGGUCAUGGGUGCAUAUACUUGAGCAGAUUUAUCAUUUUUGUUCUUGUUCCUGUUCCUGUUCCUGUAUAUACACAUUGAUAAGGUUUGUGAUCUACAUCAAUACAUACAAUUUAUACCAACAUAGGUAAAGUAAAAGCGGACGCGUAAAUUUUAUUA